AUGAAAAUAUUAUUAAUAUUUAUAUAUAUAACAGUUUAUUUAUUCAAUAGUAUUAGUUGUCAACAAUUAUAUGCCAAUUUUUUACCAUAUCAAAACUCACAAUGCGAAAAUGAGAGUUUUGGUAUCGGGAUGUCCAUUGCCGUGGGUAACUGUAUUAAUGGAAUAGGUUCGAUGGCCGGAAUAGAAAACGAUUUAAAUUGGUACCUUUUUAUCAAUGCAUUAAGGGUUGGCAUUAAAGAGUUUGAUCCAAUUGACCAAGAUUGCAGUGGUAAUUUUACAAAUUUUUACUCAUUCAAAAACUCAACAUGUACAAUUACACCACCAUUUUUAGGAUAUAUAGCUUCCAAUUACUCUGCUGCUGUUAAAGGUGGAUUACCAUUAAAUCAACAAUACUCCAGAUUUUUUAUAACCAACCAACCUUAUUACGGAUUACCAAAUUCAAUCACCCAGGUUUAUUCAAAAUAUAAAAAUAAUAAUUGUUCCAAUACUAAGAAUUUAUUAUAUUCAAUUUUUAUUUCCGAUUCAUUAGAGAUCCAAUUUAAUCAAAACUCAACAUCACCCACCACAACAACAAUAUCUUCAAUUUCCUAUCAAUGUGAUAGUAAUAACGAUGCAAAUCAAGAUAUAUGUAAAAAUCAAUCAUCAUGUAAUAAUAUUUUAGUAUCAACAAAUUGUAAAGAAAACAACCUUAAAGAAGAAAUUUAUUGUAAAAAUAAUUAA